AGCGGGGGCUCCCCCCGGGCGCGCCGACGUCCACCUCCGCGGCCGCCAGAGCAGCAGAGGCGGCCGCGCUCCGGGUGUGCGGCCCCGUGAGAGAGAACUUGGUUUGGUGACCCACCGCCAACCGCAUCCUGUCCCGCCUCAGGUCAAUGGGAACCUCGUGGGCUGCCACAGAGUACCUUCGUGCUCCCAACUGCCCGACGAAUACCGGGAACAACAGAAAUGAGUAACCGAGAAGAAGCUGAGAUACAACUUUCAGAACUAGAUUUACUCUCCAGCAUGUUUCCUUAUGAGGAAGAGUUUGUUGUGACUGACCAGCUGGCUGUAGCAGAACUGAAACACUGUGCUGAAAACGAGUCUGCAGAGAUGCCAUCUUCGAAAGUUCAGUUUGUACUGAAUGUGAAGCCAGAGGUCACCAAUGCCUCUAUGGUGGAAUUCUCCAUGGCCUGUGCUUUACCAUUCAAGUAUCCAACUGUUCUACCAGAAAUUACUGUGAGGUCAUCGGCAUUAAGCCGCUCUCAGCAGAUUCACCUGAACUCUGAUCUAAAAACGUAUUUGAUGCAAAACUGCAGUGGUGAGCCCUGCGUGUUGAGUGCAAGGGAAUGGGUUAAAGACCAUGCAGCUGCUUACAUUGACAAAGAGCGUUUGUCUUCCUCAGUGACAACAUCGAAUGCCAUGCAGUCAGAAGACAACACGUUCACUCGAUUGUGGAUCUAUAGUCACCACAUUUAUAACAAGCAAAAAAGAAAGAAUAUUAUUGACUGGGCCAAGGAGCUCGCUCUGUCAGGGUUUUGCAUGCCAGGGAAACCAGGUGUUGUUUGCGUAGAAGGUCUACAAAGUAGUUGUGAAGAGUUCUGGUCAAGAGUAAGAAGAUUAACGUGGAAAAGAAUUCUCAUUCGGCAUAGAGAAGAUGUUUCUUUGGAAGGUGGAGGACAUGCUGAGAUUCAGAAACAAAGAAAGUUCUCCACUUUGGAAGAAAAAUGUUUUGAUGCACAUGGUGCCAGAGGAAAUCAUAUGGAUUUGGGGCAGUUAUAUCAUUUUUUAGAAGAAAAAGGAUGUGCUGACAUUUUUCAAAUGUACUUUGGGGUUGAAGGGCAUUGAAGGGAUUGAAGAUCACCACAGGUCCAAGUGCCUUCAUUUGUAAGUUAAUCCUUGUUACAGAUCCUUAGCUGUUCUGCAGCAGUUGAUUGGAGAGGGAAUUAAUAAUUUGUGAUUUAUAUGAUGAAUCCAGUUUUCAAUGAAAACAAAUAUCCAGUGAAAUCCUGAAUAAUGAAAAUGACUAAAUGAAUGCUUUAUUACACUUUCUGGUUUUAAGGACAUUUAGGGUAUCUACCUAACUAAGUACAAUGAGAGCAAAUACGUUUGAUAACCUACCGGGCAGUUAGAGAAUUAUAGAUGA